AUGACAUCAUUUUUAAAUAAAUCAUCUUUUCUUCUUAAUACGCUGAACAAUCACAAUAGACUAACAAGGUCAAUUAAUUAAACCACUAAAUAUGCCUUUAGAUUAUACUUCUUAAAAGGUAUAUGUAUCAAAAUUCAUAUCAUUUUAGGAUGUGAUAAUAGAUAACUCACUAUAUCAUAAUAGCGUGAAUUUCUUAAUUAUGCUAGAAUUGAUCCAUAUGACCAUUCUUUUAUGAUAUACAAUCCCAAUGAACUUAAAAACAAGAUCAACUCAUGGAAGUAAAUCUUUCCUUGGAUUACACCAUAUUAUGCAAUCAAGAGCAAUCCUAUUAAACCAAUAAUACAAGAUAUCUUAAAUGGCCCUUAUGGAACUUUUGAUUGUGCGUCAAAAGGAGUAAAAUAUUGGUAAUAACUGUUAGGAAAUCUAAAUGGUAAUGAAAUAUGGAGUUCCUGCUUCAAAGUUAAUUUAUAGUAAUUCGGUAAAAGAAGAAAAAGAUAUCUAAUUUGCUAAAAAUAAUGGAGUCUUAAUAACAAAUGCAGACUCAAUUGAAGAAUUAAUAAAGAUACAAAAAAUAGCACCAGAAAUGAAGAUACUAUGGAGAUUAUCUAUUGUUGAAGAGAACCCAGAUUAAAUGGCGACCCUGUUUUCUGGAAAAUUUGGGGAUGAUUUGACAGAUUCAGAAUCUGCUCACAAAAGAUUUAAGUAAAUUCAACAAAUGGGAAUUUAAUUGCAUGGUAUUCAUUUUCAUUGUGGAAGUGCUGUUUAAGGUUCAUCAUCUUUUGGAAAAGUAAUUAAUUUAAAGAUAUAUAGGCUGUUGAUAUGGCCUAAGAAUGCAUGAAAAUUGGAAGAUUGUAUGGACAUAAGAUGGAAUUAUUGGAUAUAGGAGGUGGAUUUCCUUCUGGUAAUAUUCAUGAAAAUGCAAUAAACGCAUUGAAAAAAAUUGAAAAUGACCCUUUAGGAUAUUAGGUAAUUGCUGAACCAGGGAGACAUUUCAGUGCUAAUACAUGUUCUCUUUUAUUUAGAAUAAUGACUAAAAGAAUUAAGCAUGAUAGAUUGUGUUAUCAUGUUAAUGAAUCACUUUAUCACUCUUUUAAUUGUAUACUUAUGGAUGGUAUCUCCUUUGAAAAUUAAAAUGAUCAAUUUUAUGGUGUUCUUAAUUCUGAUGAAUCCUAAAAUUCUUAUAUUUCAGAUUAAUCUAACGUCUCUAUUUUUGGUAUGACAUGUGAUGGUGCUGAUAUUAUUGUGAAGAAUAUUACUGCUCCAAUAGAUAUGUAGGUUGGAGAUUGGUUAUGUAUGUAAGGGAUGGGGAGCUACACCAUAGGAUAGAAAUCUACAUUCAAUGGAAUGUAAUCAACAUCAAAAAUUUAUAAAUGGGAUGGAUAACUUGAAUAAUAAAGUCAAGAAUCAUCCUAGAUUUCUAUCAGCUAACUUUUUUGA